GACGAGUCAUAAAUGUGUCAAGCGUUAGAGGAAGAAUUGUUGAGCCAAACCAAUCAAAUUACAGCACUGCUAAACAUGCAAUAGAGACAUUAUCUGACUCACUACGACUGGAAAUGAUCAAGUUUGGAGUUAAAGUCAGUAUAAUUGAACCCGGCAACUUUGGGAAUGCCACAGCGAUAGGAUCUGAAGCAGUGAUAAAGCGAAAUAACCAAGAAAUCGACGAGAUGUGGGAAUCUGCAAGGGAUGAAGUUAAACAAUCGUAUUCAAAGGAGUUCCUGCAAUCCUGGAUAAACCCUCCAGUAGGAGGAUGGCCACCAAAAGCUGAUUCAACCGCUGUUGCGAAAAAGGUUGUGCAUGCGCUUUGCAGUGCUUACCCAAAACAUAGAUAUCUCAUUCAGGGGAAGGGAUCAAUAGUACCUUUCGUGGACGAAUUUGUUGCAUUGUCACUUGUACAUAAUAUGCUACCAACGUGGAUUGUCAACGCAUAUAUGUCUUGGUGGAAAAAGAAAUUAGUUCGAAGCUCGGCGCUGUAGCUAAUGUUUUGGACUGUGUUGAAAAAAUCUUAUUGAUGACCUUGCUAAAAUCCGGUUCUGAGGAAUAAACAAUUAAAAUGAAAUAUUUCUUUAUUAGAUUUGUAAACAAGAUUAUUCGAUCAAUUGGACAAUAAUUAUGUCGGUAAACACUGGCAUUAUCUGGAAAUGUUUUAAUUUUAUUGUUCGGUUUUGAAACUGCAGGCACAGCGAAUAUUUUGAAUAUUUGUAACAUAUGUGUGGUCUUAUUACAUUCUAUGAGAUAUUUUUUUUAGUGUUUUGUAUAACGUACAGCAGUUAACAGACAGCAUGAAUAUAUGUAUAGUUAACAAUAUUUUGCAGUAGUUUCGUUGUUUAUCUCUUUCUAUAUGGAGAUCUCUCUUCUCUAUAUAAAUAUUCAGAGGAUUCUAGUUUAAUUCUUUAGCAUUCAGCGGUCGGUGUGUAGAGUGCUUAUUUGAUAUAGGUGCGUAAACCUAAAUACACCGACAUUCAUGCACUUAUAAACUUAAUAUAAUUUUAUAUUAUGCAGAUUAUCAUAUGUUUAAAUCAGCUGCACAGUGUGUUAACAUAUUCUUUCCACAUUCCCUCUAUACUAUUCAAUGAGUUGAAAUUAAGUCUAUACAUAUUUUUACCAAUAAUCUUUAAGGCCAAAUAAACUUUAUAAUUUUUAUUCAAAACACUCGUGUGCGUUUGGUUAAGCUUAAUUGUAUACAUAUACUCGUACAUUAUAACGUAAUCAAUAAUGAUAUAGGGAUAUAAUUUAUAUAAUUCUUUUCACAUAGACUCUUUUACACAGCGGUCAGUUGGUAUGAAAAAUCGACCAGAUGUAGUAUUUGUAUUGUGUGCAAUUAAUUUACCUUAAUUGUAUACAUUAUAAUGUGAUCGAUAAUAAUAUAGGAAUUGAUCACAUUCCCGUGCCGCUCUUGCGAUACCGUAAAAAUGGUAUUGCAUGACCGUGCAUAUUUUUAGCGUGACGUCAUUUACGUUAUACAAACAUAGUGUAAAGGCGCGCAAAAUGUUAGUGUUAUACUUUAGGCGCGUCAAUAAAAAAUGGUGCUUUUGGUCUUUAUUUUUUUGGUAUUUGAUAAAUAGUAUAUUAAAUUCGUGAAAGUUCAUUACUGAAUUUAUUGAACUCCUUUAAAAUAAAAUAAAAUUAUCUAACUCGUUCGGUAAAUUCAGUAUUAAACUAACACUCAUUUAAUAUUCUCUACAAGAUUUAUAUAUUUGGGCUGCAAAGCAGCGGAGUCUUUAAGAACUUUUAAAAAGUCGCGAGAUUUACUGCGGAACGACAUUAUUUACUUUGCGAGUCGUAAAUAAAAACAAAAGUAUAUUAAAACAUCCACAUUCAUCAACUUUACACUCCAGGACCAAUUUAAGAUUUCUUGCUUUGGUGAAAAACAUUUUUAUUAACAUUUUCCUCAAACGGAAAGGCAAUGUUUUCUUAUCCCCGCAAACAAAUUAUGGACUGUGCAAAUGCCUUUAGUUUACCAAGAUUUAAUAUCGUGGUACCAGGCUAAAAUUAAAUCAUGCGUAAACACGAUUCAUCUGUAAAUAGCAAAGGUAAUUCUGAAGGGGAACUGUUUUACAUGAAACAAAACACAUUGGUGUUGCAUCGGAUUGUAUCUGUCAAUCCAUCCGUUUAUCUACAUUUAGGAAAUAAUUUUGUUUUGAAGAAAUUUAAAUGUAUAUAUAUUAAAGUUUUGUAUUUUUCUUUUGAAAUGAUUUGGAUAGUUCUGUGCGGCUUCAAACACUUGAAGAGACGCCUUUAAUAUAGUAAAGCGAUGUCACACGUGUGUGUGAAUUUUUAUUUAUUAUGCUGGUUAGAUUUGGUAACGGGUCUUAUGCAUUAAUGACUUAUAUAC